GGCCGUUUAAAUGAUAAUUUACUUGCUCGUGUUCUGUAUAUUCACUCAAUUUUUCAACUAUUCUUUUAAUCUACCACUGGCACUCUAAACACAGUCACCUUGAUAAAAAUACCGUCUUUUGAGUCCGGAGAUCAAGUAUGGUCCGAUAUUGGAAGCAUCGUGGUGCGAAAAUACUCAAAAACAUAGAACCGCAUAUCCAGAAAUAUUUUCCUUAUCACAAGCCUGAGCUUGGAGGUACUUCCCCUCAGCAUGCUAGUAUAACGGGGAAAAAAGCAAAAGUACCUUUCGAUUAUGCGAUUGGGCAGAUAGUGCCGUUUUCACAAAGCUUAACAUCAUCAUUCCCAAAUAUUGUUAAGGUCCGCUUGCACAAGCUCUGCUUGAAUCGUUUCCUGAUGAAGUAUUUUUAUCAAACAGCAACAUACUGGGUUCAUACACAAGGCUCUUCGGUCAACAUUGGAGAUAUCGUGCUUAUUGAAAAGGCUGACCCACCAAUGGCAUUCAAUACCAUGUACAAACUAAAGAAAGUCGAGUUCCCGGUUGGUAAUCUGAUUGAUCCUGUCACAGGACUACAAUCCGAAGGUCCCGAGUAUUCCAUUGAAUCACUGAGGUCUAUUCUGAAUCAAGAGAACAAUACAUUGAAAAGUGUUGAAAACUAAAUGCAUUUCUACUUUAUUUUGAGAUAAAUAUUUGCUUUUUUUUCAAUAUAGGGUUAAAGUGUAGCAACGUAUUGACUCUUAUUAAAAUACUACAUUCCUUAUGUUUUAGUAGUAUAUUUUUACAGAAAUAGUGGCAAGAGGCUCAUGACCAUCCAUUAGAGAAUAUAAUUAGUUUUGUUUUAUCGUGUAGGCAGGAAUUAAACCAAAAUAUUAAAAGUCGAAUAAUCUCAUAAUCUCUUGAUGUUCAUUUCAUACUGAUAGCCUUUUACCUGGUUUUUUAUAUAUUGUCAAAGUGUUUGUGUUUAUUCUUGUUUUUAUCUGUCUUACAAACACUAAACACUUUGCGACCCUAAUUUUCAUACUCAGUUGUUUAACAGUAAUCUGGACUUUCCUGCUGUAUUUUAUUUAUGAGUCUAUUAGGUACAGUAUGGCAAAAGUUACGCACUUAACAAUGCUGUUAGGGUAAGAACUUAUAAGAAUAAAUUUUGGUAGUUAUUUGCAUGUUAUUCAAGCGACUUCAGAAAACUAUUUGUUGACUCUUAGUUCUAUGGUACUUUUGAUGCAGCUCCUCCCUAAUAAUAAGUUUAAAAUUAAUGCUUAUCACCGAUACCCACUUCCAUGCUUUUACAGUAUGGCUCUUCAUACUUAAUAUUACUUAGGCACCAUCCUCAAGGACUGAUGUGGUUAGCUUGAAGCAAGCCGACAAUUUUUUUCACUUAUUGCGGUUUUAACAUUCGGCAGAAACUCCAUGUUGACUUACCACACAAAGCUAUGAUGUCCUAAGCGAUGAUUUGAAAUUAUAUCAAUACCUGUAUUAGGUCAACUCACUGCAGGAGCCUGUUUGGAGUACACAAUCUGUAAAGACACUAUUAACGACUGCUUAAAUUAGAAACAGGUAUCAGUUACUCCAGCUCGGUGUUCUUAUUGACAUUUUCGAAUGUCAUGAAAGCGUUCAGCUUGUAUUAACAAAUUCGAAUUCCUAAUACUACUGCAACGGUAGUCACAAAAACAUUGACAAGUGGUAAAAAGAGUAUUAGUAGUAUGUGCAGGGAGUCUUUUAAGAAAGUUCCUUUGAUAAAUUUCGAAAGUGUAAUAAGAAGACAAAGAUUAUUAGAGCUAUGUGAUAUAUUAGCGCGACACUUCAAACAAUCAGAUCACACAUAUACUUGUUAAGAAUAUUAGUAUAUAAAAAUAAAAAGUCAGCUAGACAAGAAAUAGAGGGUAAGAGAAGACAAGGAUAAUAAGGAAAUGAUGUGAAGACAAUUUGAAACCUCAGCACUCUGGAUAAUAAGCUAAUACUACCAGGGUAGGUUUGAGGUGAGAACAAGCCACUUUUGAAUACGUAAAGGAUGUUAGAAGUAUAUCUAGGAAGGGAAGCUGGCCGUUCUUCUCUUAUUUGCAUGAGACUGAUGUGAUUUCGGAGUGUUAAGUUUAUUCACUAAACAGUUCAUAUCCUUUCACAGAUAUAGGGAUGGUUAUCGGCAUCCGACAGUGGUGGUCUUUCCUGACUUAAAAGCAGCAUUUGACUCUAUAGGCCGAGAGGUUCUGUGGCAGUGUCUGUCAUUGAAAGUGUGCCUCAGAAAUACAUAGACCUUGUGAAGGCUCUUUACUUCAACACUACCCGUUGAGUCAGAGCUUAUCGAGAACUGUCAUCUGAUUUUGCGACCCCACGUGGUGUCCAACAAGACUGUCCACUAUCUCCCUUUCUGUUUAAUUUCAUCAUAGACCUACAGCUGGAAAUCACGUUCUCAUCGACUGGAUUUUUAGGAAUCGGUCUUCUAGGAUGUCCACUUAUCGACUUAGAAUACGCAGAUGACAUAGUCCUAUUUGUUGAAGACACUGAUAAAUGCAGUCUUUUGGUAGCAGUAAGCAAGUUGUUGCUUCAUGACCGGCCUGUGUCAACACAUGAGCUAAGGAUAGGGAGUGAAGCAGUCGAAUGCGCCGACAACUAACUUUGAGAGUCUGAUCAGCCCUAAUGGGUUGGUAUCUGACAAAAUCUCUCCACGGAUCCCGAAGGCUCGUUUGGCUUUUGCCAACUUACAUGAGAAAGCGAGAUAUCUGUCUAUCAAUAAAAGGACGAGCAUACUGCGCCGCAGUCCGGUCUGUUUUACUUUACGGUUGGGAACUGUGGUCAUUAAUGGUAGAGGAUGCUCGUAAGUUACUGGUACUUGAUCACAAAUGUUUUGGAAAUACUGCUCGCAUCUGCUGGGAUCACCGGGUAAGUAAAAAUGAGGUUAAACAUAGGGUAUUAUGGUUAAUCAGCUGAUGAGGUUGUGAAUCUUCAUCGACUGAGAUGGUUGGGCCACAUCUCAUGUAUUACCACGACACACAAUGUUGGCCAGUGUUGGAGACAGAUGAAAACAAGUUAGGGGCAGCCAAACCAAAAUGUGGCACCAGUCCAUAAAGUCACCAACUCUUGGUGUGAGCCAUGUUGGUAGAUGCAGACUACCUGGUUGGGUUCCGCGCGACUAUCGUAACCAAUAGUUGGAGACUUUGAGUGACAAUGGCAUAGGUGUAUGUAAUCUCUGUCUUCCCUUAAGCCGUGAAAUUAAAAUCAUAUCUUUCUACGAACUAAUUCUUUCUUUUCGUACUAUAUUCUUAUAUGCAACCUUUCUUCCAUAUAUUACUACCACUGAAGUAACUACUUCUAUGAAUUUGAUGUUCAUCGUGUUGUGCUAAUGAGGUAUGGCAAAUUGGACCGAUGCAUAUAUGUGCCUGGUCCUACGUUGUAGCUGACUGACUGAUAAGGAGGGAAGUGUACAUAAUUUCCCCCUAAAUUCAUCACAAUAAACUAACCGAUAAACUUUUGAAGCGUUCAUGCAACUUUGAAAACUGAACAUCCAAACCGAGAUGAAGGGGUCAGUAAAGUUAUACGAAAGAGUUAGAAUCCCAAUAAUCUCAAUGCACCCAAGCCUUUUUACUUGUGUUGUGAGGUCGCGAUACGUAACUUCUGACCUACAAGACAGUAUCAAAACAAGUAAGAGGGUUAGUAAUACACUAGAAGUUUUACAGCGGUGACGAGGUUGUAGAUACAGAUUAUUCAGCUUUUAAAAUACGUGGCUUGAUAGAUGUCAAUGGACUUCGAACCAAAACAGCAUUGUGACAUUUCGUCUAUAGUCAGAAACUGGAUAAAUUCACUCGCAGCACCUCAAUCUCUGUUCGAAAUAGAUGUAAGAGAUGACAUGACUGGGGUAAUACGAAUGAAGAAUUAUUAAAUUCGAAACACAGUAUUUAUUGAAAACAGACUCUUCGAUAGACGUCUGAAU